AUGGGUGUUGCAGAAAGUAGUGGUAGCAGUCAGAAUGUUACAGGUCCAACAGCAAUACGUGUGCAUGACGCAAAUCCGCUUCUUUACACGACGCCACAAGAACACAUGAUUAUUCAACCCUACUGGGUCUUGAUUGUACAAUUAUUCGUAAAGCAAAUUAUUGCUAAUCGUGUUUGGAACAGAAUACGUCAUAACACAUGGGCUACAACACAGGAAAUAGCUAUGGGGCGUAUCGUGCUUAUGCUACAAAUCGCUUAUCUUAAAGCAAAGAAAUCGAUACUUGAAAGUGUGCGCACAGCUCGACAACAUCAAACUACAACUACAAGUAAGUCUCCAACACUUAAGCAGACCACGAUAAACUUUUUCAAAGAUACAUUUACCAGUCCUCAAUCACUACUGGAUCGUGCGGCAUCGGCUGGUAGUAAUGAUUUUUCGACACUGAGAAGCAAUAUAGAUGAAUUGGAUGAUGAGAUCGAACAAAAAAAAAACGAAAUUGAAAGCUCACAAAAGAAGAGAGAAGAGCUUUCUCGUAGGCUCCAGCUCGAUAUUUUUGACCUUCUCGUCCAUUGUUUACCUCUGCUUGGUCAGACAAUUUGGUAUUUCUAUCUGCAGUCAAAAUGCAUGAGUGCGGAACAGGCAAGUACAUGGAACUGUUACAAUGUGUUUGGCUAUCGUCUCUAUAAUUAUGUUUUCACUUCAUACUGUGCUUUCUUUUGGCUUACGAUGAUGAAACUUCCCAUUUAUGUAGACAGUGAACGAAAUACUAAUGAGACGAAUGACAAGAAUCUUCGAUCGGGUUGGCAAAAAUGUAUAGACGUAUUGAGAAAAAUAGAAUUUCAUGCAAGUUUCUGGUCAUCCUGUAUUACAAUUAUCGUUGUUGGUGUUCCUAUUGCUCCUUAUCUUUUGACAAAUGUGAUACCAAUGGCAUGCACCUACACUUUUAUAUGCAUUAUUUAUAUAGUGCUUUGGUUAAGUGCGUUACUUUUUUGUCGAAUUCUUGUAACGAUUCCUCUCAUAAAUAAGUUAUUAUUUGGCAUUUUGGAAGAUAUCCUGAAAGAAUAUAAACAUUUUUAUGCGCCCUACUUGAUGUUUUUAUUUACAAUUCUUACCUUACCAAUACUAUUCACGACUUUCUUUAAUUAUUCACAAUACGUUUACUAUAGCAACAAUCUUUUCAAUACUAUGACGUAUGAAUUUGACUCUCGCAAUACGGCAACCUAUUUUCGUGGAUUACAAUCGUCUGCCAGUAAUACAUUUCAUACUGUAUUGUUCUUUAUUUAA